CUCGUAGGCGUGGCCGGGCGGUCGCUCGCCGCGGAGGAGCCGCCGCCAUUUUGGUGUCGCUGCCUCUUUGCGGACCGGCGGGCUCGCUGUGAGGAGCCCGGCGCUGAGGAGGAAAGGGGCGGCGGCGGCUCUCCAGGGCCGGCCAAGAGCCUGCGGCUGCUCACGCUUUUCUUCUUUUAUUCCCCCCUCCUCUUCAGCGGCGGUGGUUUGUUCGCUGAGGAGAUGGAUGGCGGAGCCCGGCCGGGCGGCGCUCCGGGGCAGUCCCGCGAGUACAAGCUGGUGAUGCUGGGCGCCGGGGGCGUCGGCAAGAGCGCCAUGACCAUGCAGUUCAUCAGCCACCGCUUUCCCGAGGACCACGAUCCCACCAUUGAGGACGCUUAUAAAAUCCGCAUCCGGAUCGACGACGAACCCGCCAACCUGGACAUCCUGGACACAGCGGGCCAGGCAGAGUUCACGGCCAUGAGGGACCAGUACAUGAGGGCUGGCGAGGGCUUCAUCAUCUGCUACUCCAUCACGGACCGGCGCAGCUUCCACGAGGUGCGCGAGUUCAAGCAGCUCAUCUACCGCGUGCGCCGCACCGACGACACCCCCGUGGUGCUGGUGGGCAACAAAUCCGACCUGGCGCAGCUGCGGCAGGUGUCCAAGGAAGAAGGCUCUGCCUUGGCGCGGGAGUUCAGCUGCCCCUUCUUCGAGACGUCGGCCGCCUUCCGCUAUUACAUCGACGACGUCUUCCACGCGCUGGUGCGCGAGAUCCGCAGGAAGGAGAAGGAAGCCGUCAUGGCCAUGGAGAAGAAAUCCAAACCUAAAAGCAGCGUGUGGAAAAGACUGAAGUCGCCGUUCCGAAGGAAGAAAGAUUCGGUCACUUGAACAGAGAGGAUUCCCGCCAAAACCCAACCGAACCUGUCAACAGCCAUUCGGAACCAAAGCGCUUUAGCCACGACAUUUUGACAGCGUGUUUUCAACCCGACGGGACUUUGCUGAGGGAAUGCGUGACUUUGACCAGUUCUUCUUGUUUCGAGUGCUGUUCCCUUCAUCUUGGAUCUUCCACUUCAGACGCAGUAACAGUUGUACUUUUAUUCAUUGCCAUUUUUUACCAGAUCCAGCAAACGUUGCUUGUACGUGGCUGGUUCCAAACGCCGAUAGGUCUGUGUCCCCGCACUUUGGAGUUUUGUCCUCGGAAGCUGAAUUAUGUACAGAUAUCGCUGACGUUCUCCCCGGUCUAACUGAAUCACGUUUUUAGCCUAGUUCUUUGCACAAGGAGGCGUUGCUGCUGCGCGGAGCAGCGCGAGAGGCGACUUGGUGAGGAUUUAAUGAAACUUAAAGGCGUUACAGCACAGGACGCGCGGCCCGGGCUGCGGUAACGCCACCGAGCGGGGUCACCGAGCGGAGCUGCGCUGGACUUGGCGCCUUCUCAUGGAAGAGAGUUUUUCCAGCCAAGCGCCGUGGAAUACUUGCCCGAGUUGCUGUAAAUGAUCAGUUAACGAGCAGCGUUGCAGGCGAGGUUCUAAACGAGUCAGAAAACGCGAAUCGCGGUUCCUGCGGCGGCGCUGACCACGCGCGCGAACACGCGGCCUUUGCUGCGCGGCGCACACGGUGCCGGAGAAACCACGGCUUUGAGUUUUCUGACGUGUUUCUCGUUAAAAAUCCCACCUGGGAGGCUGCAUCGGCUUAUUUAUUGCCUUUGGUUGAUGUUCUUGCCUGAAAGGAGCCAGUAUCUUCGUUAAGUACAAAUCUCCAAUGUAGUAAUUUCAAAUUAUUCGAUGAUAGCUAUUUUGUAGGGCUAAUGACUGAUACUGAGGUAUCUGGGCCCAGAAUUGAUAUAUCCUGCUGCUCAGAUUCUUCCAGUGCAGUCUUAAAAAUCCAAUAGCCGGUGCGGCAGAAGGAAUUCAUUAAUUAGCAGGGCAGGUGCCGGUCCUGACGAUGCUCCAGCCCCUCUGUGCACAUGCAGGGGCAGCUUUUAGCCUUGGGAAUGAAGUAUUUGCUUUAAAAAGUGUGUAGAGAUAUUUUUGAGCUGAUUUAAAACUACAUCAGUUGUAGAAUUUGAAUCCGGAGAGGACACGCCUGGUGUUCCCCUUUUGGUUUUUAAUAAUGGAGCAAAUUGGGCGACUCAGACGCGGUUAAACCGAGUUUUUCAGAGAACGAGGUGCCUCCAAUGAGUUGGAAGAGCGAGAGGGUUCAGUGAGCGACGUGUGGUGCGGCUCCUGUUCUGGGGUCGCGUCGGGAACGGUUGAUCCCCUGCUCACAAACCUGCUCCGCAGCGUCGCUCAGCCCGGAGCCCCCGUUCCCACCCGGAAGGGUCGGCACAAGAGCUGCGAUGGAGAUGGACCAAUUCCAGCUGUUCUUCUGGCCCAACUCCUUCUUGCUUGAGAUCCGACUGGAAAUCCUGCGCUUGUUGCUUUGAAAGUGAUUUCUUCUGUAAGGUUUUGAAAAACUGAUGAAAACUGGAGGGGGUUUAGAUUUUUUGCUGUGACGUGUGGCUGAGCUAAACCUCGACGUUGCUUUCUGUUUCUGUGUUACACCAGAUGGUUGAAAAACGCCGAGAAAAAUGCCGGUUAUUUAGAAUUUAGGGCCUUUCCGUGAACUGCGUGAGCGCUCACGAGCUCUCCCUGUGCUUUUCGUGAUCAUUAACAGAAAUCGGCUAACGUGGGGGUGACCUGCACCGCGAGCUGCCCACGGCCGCUCUUCCCUUCCAAUCGGUGCCAUUCCGGUGUCCCCGGCGCCAUUCCGGCGCCAUUCCGGUGUCCCCGGCGCCAUUCCGGCGCCAUUCCGGUGUCCCCGGCACCAUUCCGGUGCCAUUCCGGUGCCUCCGGCGCCAUUCCUGAGCCUGUUGCUUCCAGAACUCCUCCGUGGGAACAGCAGCGAGCACUUUUUUUUACACAGUGUUAUUGGAAAAGAGGUUUAUUUUUGUCAUGUAUAUAAAUUUGUACACAGAACUAUUGGUUUAUUUGACACAAUAUAUAAUUUUUAAUACAAA